AUGGUUGAUGCGGUGAUCUCAUUUGUGGUGAACAAGAUUGGGGAUUAUCUUAUCCAAGAAGCGGUGCUCUUCCGAGGAGUUAAACAAGAAGUGAAGUCGCUAAAGAAUGAACUGGAAUGGAUGCAAUGUUUCCUGCAGGAUGCAGAAAGAAAACAAAUUGAUGAUAAUGUUAUAAGGAAGUGGGUAUCUGACAUUAGAGACGUCGCUUAUGACAUUGAGGACGCCUUGGAUACGUUUAUGCUCAAAAUCAACGAACAAGAGGCUCCGAAAAGGAGGAGAAUUUCUGCUUCCAUCAAGAAGUUUUCUUCGAUUUUCUGUAAAGACUCCAGUAGUCACAGAGAGUCCAGUUUCUUCAGCAAAGGAGAAAAGGCUGUCAAUCAGCACAACAUAGGCAAGAAGAUCGAAGAGAUCAGACAGAAACUUGGUGAUAUUUCUCGGAAACGUGAACAGUAUCGCCUUGAGGAUAUUGGUAAUAAGGGUGAAGGAAAGGACAGUGCUCUUUACAGAUUGAAGGAACUGAGACGAGACACCUCCUUUGUAGUAGAUGACCAUGUUGUUGGCUUUGAGGAUGAUGCUAAGAAAUUGUUGGCUAAACUUCUCGAUGGGGAGCCGCGGAGAGAUGUCAUUUCUAUUUUUGGUAUGGGUGGUUUAGGUAAAACAACUCUUGCUAAAAAGCUUUACCACAACUAUGAUGUCAAGAAUAAAGACGGCCCUGAGUUUCAUGAUCGAGCAUGGGUUUCAGUCUCUCAAGAUUACAAAACUGAAGAUAUUCUUCGAAUGAUUAUAAAAUCUUCCCACAUCAUGCUUGAAAGGAAGGAUGAAGAAUCUUUAAGAAGGAAGAAGAUGAUGAGUGCAGAAGAGUUGGAGCGAGAGAAACAGAAGAUCAAAGAACUUCGAAAAAAGGAGUUGGAGAAGAUGAGUCAAGAAGAUUUGGAGCGGUAUCUUCAAAUAUCUUUGAAUGGACGCUCAUACUUGCUAGUGAUCGAUGAUGUAUGGCAUAAAGAAGCUUGGGAGAGCUUCAAAAGAGCAUUUCCUGAUAACAAUAAUGGUAGUAGAGUAAUUAUUACCACCCGUAUUAGAGAAGUUGCUGAACGUUCGGACGAAAAAGUUCAUGUCCAUGAGCUUCCAUUUCUAAAGCCAAGUGAAAGUUGGAAGCUUUUUUGUGAUAAAGCCUUUCAAAACUCAAAUGCGGAUGAAGGAUUGAAGAAGUUGGGAAGAGAAAUGGUGGAGAAAUGUAGAGGCUUACCACUUGCCAUAGUUGUAUUGGGAGGACUCUUGUCAACGAAAAGGCCACAUGAAUGGCGGAGGGUACAUCAUCACAUUUGGCAACAUCUAAGGGACGAUUCAAUUCAUAUCUCCUUUCUGUUAGCUUUAAGUUUCAAUGAUUUGUCUUUUGAAUUGAAGUUAUGUUUUCUCUACCUAAGCCUUUUACCAGAGGAUUUUGAAAUCCAUGUGGAGAAACUAAUUCGAUUACUAGUGGCGGAGGGUUUCAUACAAGAAAAAGAAGGUCAAAUAAUGGAAGAAGUGGCUGAGAGUCAUUUGAAACAGUUGAUUAAUAGAAGUUUGGUGCAAACAGAGAAAAGAUGUUGGGGAAGGACUGCCACAUGUCGGGUUCAUGAUCUUUUGCGCGAUCUUGCUAUUCAGAAAGCAAAGGAAUCAAACUUCGCAUAUUAUUAUGAUGCAACCAUACAUUCAACUCCGCCUCCGGUCAUAUUAUCUUGCCGAAGACAAGCUGUUUAUUCAGAGGUUGAAAGGCAUUUGUGGUUUCAACACUAUAAUCAAUUGUCACGUUCGUUUCUCUUCUUUAACCAAAAGUGGGACGAAUCACUCAAAUUAACACAGCACUUACCACCCCUCUUCACCAGAUUCAGAUUGCUCAGAGUGCUUGAUGUUGAGUGUUCUCAGAGUAACAAUAUGUUACCGGUGAGAAAAAAUGUAGUACCGGAGAGUAAGAGAAGCUUACCUAAAGAGAUUGGAAAGUUGAUCCACUUGAAAUAUUUGGGGCUAAGGAAUGCAUAUAUAUAUCAUUUUCCAUCAUCCUUUGUCAACUUGAAAAGGCUGCAAACUCUUGACAUAUAUGGUACUGAGUGGUUUUUUCAUGAAAUACCAAUUGAGAUUUGUAAGUUGCAGGAAUUGAAGCAUCUAAUUGGAAAUUUUCGAGGACCAUUGCCAGUAGAGAAUUUGACAAACCUUCAAACUCUGAAGUACAUAAAUCUUGAAUGUUGGAGUGAAAUUAAUCCUGAAAAGUUGGUUUAUCUUCGGGAGCUGCGAAUCGAAUCAGAUUCGAGAUUACCAAAGAAGUUCGAUUUGGAAUCAAUAGGCAAAUUGAAAAGCCUUCAAAUUUUAUCAGUUAGGUCGAAGUUGCUGUCUGAUCGAUCUUUUGCUUCAUGGCAGGCACUUGCUCAUUGCACAUGUCUUGUAGAUUUGAGAUUAAGUGGGACAAUAGAGAAACUACCAAGAAACAUGGAGGAACUCUUACCAAAUCUUGAAUGUUUAAAGUUAUCUGGUCCAUUUCUCGGGGAUGAUCCAAUGGCCUUGUUGGAGAAUUUGCCAAACCUGAUGAUUCUUGUGCUAGACUUCAUUUCCUAUAGUGAAAAAAAAAUGAUAUGCUCGGCAAAUGGUUUCCCUCGUCUUGAAAUUCUAAAAUUUGAUUUCUAUGAAUUGGAGGAGUGGCAAGUACAUGAAGAUUCAAUGCCAAUGCUUAGAGGCUUGAAGAUUCCAGAGAUAUCCAAGUUCAGAAUUCCAGAAAGACUAAGAUCAAUCCCGCCCCCGGCUGAUUGGGAAUGUGAAGAUGGCAGGGUACCUAUUAAUAACUCAAACUACUUUCAACCCUGA